UUUUAUAAACUUUGCAUUUACACUAGCCCUCCUCUCAAAUCGUCUUUGUCUCAUAUUCGAAAUCUUCGAAAUCUCUCUCUAACAUCUUAACAUACGAUUUUGGUUGUGUGGGAGAGAGAGAUGGACGCCCUUGACAACGUGGUAGAUCCUUUGAGAGACUUCGCCAAGGACAGCGUCCGCCUCGUCAAGCGUUGCCACAAGCCUGAUCGUAAAGAGUUCACGAAGGUGGCUUUCCGUACAGCGAUCGGUUUCGUAGUGAUGGGAUUCGUCGGAUUCUUCGUCAAGCUCAUCUUUAUUCCUAUUAACAACAUCAUCGUUGGCUCCGCUUAGGAAUUGCAGGCUCGUAGAAAUUGGUGGGGGAUAUGACCAGUUGGCGUAGUUGCAGAUUCUCAUAGAAAAUGAAUGUUAGAAUGCAGCAGUUGGGGGCUGUCCCUCUUUCCUUUUCAUUUUACAUUUUAUUAGUUGAACCAAAUAGUCUUGAAUCUAAACUAAACUCUCUUGGAAUUUCUUUGAGCACUUUGUAAUUGAUUAUGGUUAAUUUUUGCAUCGACUUUUGUCGUCUUCUUUUUUUUA